AUGGAUUCUUCGAACAUUGAUAGUACUUCUCAAAAUGCAACUGAAUCGUAUACUGCUUUUAUUCGCCAACAACAAAACCAAAGACAGGCGAAUAGGAGGAAUCGAAUUCAAAGUCCACGCGUUGAUCGUCGUAAAAGAAUAAAUAAUUCCACGUUGCAUCCUAAUUUUCAGGCUUCUACUUCAAAUCAAGCACGUACUAAUAUUGUUCAUUCUAAAGUACGAGGGAUUUCUAACCUAUUAAACAUACCUACUAAUGCAUAUGUAUUACCGACAUGGAACUAUUGUGAACAUUGUGGUGCGCGAAAAUUUUAUAGAAAAACUAAAGGAUUCUGUUGCUCUGAUGGAAAAGUUAAACUUUAUAUGCCUGAUUCACCAACUGAAUUGUAUAAUUUAUUUACUUCUAAAGAACCUGAAUGCAUGGAGUUUAAGAAAAUUUCACGUGGAUAUAAUAACCAUUUUGCAUUCACUUCAUUUGGUGUAAAGUGCGAUACAGACCUUUUUAGAGCAUAUAAAGGUAUUUACACAUUCAGAAUCCAGGGACAAGUAUAUCAUUAUGUAAAUCAACUUCUGCCGAAAAAUAAUCAGCCUUCUUAUAUGCAAUUAUAUUUUUAUGAUACGAAUAACGAAGUUGAAAAUCGUAUGAAAAUUUCAGAAAAUUUUGUUGAAUCUACUUUGAUCAUUUUGAUUGAAAUCUUGAAAGUAAAUCCGUAUAGUAGAUUCUUUAGGUCUUUAAGUAAUAUGACCAAUUUGCACGAUAAUCGAAUACAAAUAAGAUGCGAUCCUGGACUUGAUCAAAGAGUCUUCAAUACUCGUUCAGCAUCUCAAGUAGCCGCUGUAUGGGUUGAGGAUGAUGACAAUGCAAAUAUUCGUGUUCGUGAUAUUACUAUAUAUGGUCAUUCUGGUGAUUCACAUAAGGUUCACCAUUAUUAUAGUUGUUAUGAUCCUUUGCAAUACCCUUUACUUUUCCCAUUUGGAGAACCUGGUUGGCAUGAAGGUAUUCAGAGAUACAAAAAAACAUAUUUUGAAACUCAGAAUUUACCCGAUUGCGUAGCUUUUCCUAGCACAGUAAAUUUGGAAACUAAAAUCAUUGCAAAAGAGGCACAAGUAUUCAAUGGAAUGAGGAAACGAUCACAGGUUUCUUGCCGCGAGUACUAUUCUUACAAGUUACAAAUUAGGCCUUCUAGUAAGUCUGUGUUGCUUCAUACUGGUAGACUUUUUCAACAAUAUAUUGUAGAUAUUGUUCAAAAUGGGGAAACAAGAGGGUCAAAAAUUGGAAAGAAGAUUGUUCUACCACAAACUUUCACAUGUGGGCCUAGAGAUAUGCUUAAAAGAUAUUUAGAUGCAAUGGCUGUCGUCCAACGUCAUGGAAAACCAGAUAUAUUUCUAAUUAUAACAUGGAAUCCAAAUUAG